UUCGUGGCCCCUAUAUAAACCCCAAAACAUAGUUAAAUUAUUUCCCACGUUCAUCAAUCAUUUCUUCUAGACUUGACACACUUUCAUUUCUUUCCAAAGGGUACUUUUUUUUUUUUUUUAAUUUCUUCUAUGGAUGUAUCAGGCGUUCGCCAAAUGAAAAGCAAUAAGAAGCAUUCAAGAAGAAGCAAUUCCAAGAAAGAUAUUAAAGUGGUUUAUAUUUCGAGUCCCAUGAAGGUUAAGACAUGUGCCUCACGGUUUCGAGCUUUGGUGCAAGAACUCACCGGGAAAGACUCCGAUGCCGCCGUCCGGUUCAUGGACAACUGCGACAGCUCUGAAAGUUCUCCUACCGUUUCCGACGCAACAAGGGUUGUCGAUGAUCGUGUUGUUGGUCUGCCUUUGGCUAAUUCAAACCAUGAAUCUGUGUUUGAGCCAUUGGAUGAUGGACUUAUGACGGAAGGUAGCUUCUUGGGGAUGUUUACAUCAAAUUUGUUUAAUGAUCCUUCUCAGCUUGAUGCUAUUGGAAGCUUUGGUUCAGUUUAAUUAAUUUAGAACUAUGUAAUUAUAUGUAAUUAAUAAUUAUAUAAUCAUGGUUUUUUUUUUUUUUUGGGUA